UAAAUGCAAAUCGAAAUUUCUGUCGACUUUCUUUCUCAUAUUUAUAUCGAAAUUAUUCUUCAUGCAUCGCGUAGAAACAGUUAUAUGUGGGUGCGUAACAAAUACACUAAUGGAUUGCAUUGUUAGUAACUUUACUUUCGUAAAUUCGCAAAGAGUAUCGGGAGCGAUAAAUGGUCCCUGUUUUAGAGAUGAACUUGGAUCAGCAGUUACUUAUGACUGUUUCGCCACUUAUCUAAUUAUUCAAGGAUUAGCAUCAAAUUCUAAGGCACCUCCUUACUUUAAAGAUAUUAGCGUAAUCGUGGUUGACAAUAAUGGCGACGUAGUAAUACAAGCCACAACUUUAACCAGAGAUGUCCCUUUAGAUAUUGCUGGUACGACCAUUACUAGAAGCGCUGUUACUGCACCAUACAAGGGAGUUUUUACUGUUGAAAGCAUCAAUUUUUCAGAAGGGACUUUCAAUGAUAACAACGUGUGCUUAUUAUUAACUGCCAGCGAUAACCAACAUGGAGCCCUCAUUCCUUAUACAGUGGCCCGAGAACCUUAGAAAACAGCAAAUUCUAAUUAUUUAAUUUUUUUUUUUUUUAUUAUUAUUAAAUAAUUUCUUCUUAUAUAUAUUAUAAAUCCUUG